AUGGCGCCGGAACAGCGCUGGGCUGAUCUGCCGCCAGAUCUCCUUUGCCGCAUCGGAGACCGGCUCGACCUCAAGUGGUCCUUCGAGCUCACCGCCAUCGUGUCGGGAAGCCGCUGCGUCGGAUCCAGCAACGGCUGGCUCGCGCUCUCCGUCGUCGGCUCCAUCGACGAGACCGUGUUCGUGCUCCUCAACCCCAUCGCUGCCGUGGAGAUCAUCCUCCCGCCGCUGAUCUACGAACACGAGGAUGAGAGCCGCCGCGAUUGGGUUUCCAAGGUCGUCUUCACCCCGUGCCCCGCCAAGGACGACUUCGCCGCCGCCGCGAUCUGCGACAUCGACAGGAUUGCGUACGUCACCGCCGGUGCCAAGAGGUGGGCCGUCAUGGACCCCGUCCGCCUCACCAGCGAGGUCGGGGACCAGCUCACCGACGUCGUCUACACUGACAAAGGUAAGGUCUACUGCCUCUCCAUGUGCGGGGACGUACAUGUGCUCCGUCUCCCUAAGCGCCGACGUUGUAAGCCUGCCAACGCCGAUGAGGCAGGGCCCUCGGAGCCAGAGUUCUCCGUUCUCCAGCCGCCGCCUCCUCCCCCGCCGCCUGCUGAACACACAAUUAUUGUCCCCCCACCGUUUUGGCAAUAUCAGGAGCCAUUGGGGAUAAUGCCACUCCCCCCAUAUGAAUAUGAGGAAGUUCCACCUCAAUUGCAAGGACCACACCUGAAUGCGCCAUCCACUGUUGAGCCCCUGCUGCCGCUGUUCGACCCUGCCACUGUCUUUGCUCCACCUUAUGACACCGUGUCGGCGUUCACCAGCGCCAAAAACUUGGUGUUCUGCAAGGGCAAUCUGUACCAAAUUUGGAGGAACACAAGCUGCACCGUGACUCUGCAGCUGCCUGCAGGGGGUCAGCGCUGUGUCGCGGAAAAUGAGAUACUGGUGCUGAGGUACUAUCCUCGACGGCGACGCCGGCCUUGCUGGGAUGCCGUGAAGGACCUAGGAGGUUACUCACUCUUUGUGGGAAGGAACAAUGCAGUGUCGAUGUAUGCAGAGGGUGUGCCGGGACUGAGGGGCAACUGUGUAUACUGGAUUGGCGGGCGUGGUAGGGAUCAGGGCAUGGUCUUUGACAUGGAAUCUGGGAGGUCCACGCCGUGCGGGGCUCCUCAGGCUGGCGUUUUACCAGGUGGUCAUCCGUAUAGCACAAUCUGCUGGUACUUCAUGAGCGAUGUAAUGAGCAGCAGCAGCAGUGGAUGA